AAAGGAGACGGGGAACAGAUCUCUCAGCCUCAGGAACUUUAGAAAGGAAACUGUAUCAUUCCAGUCACCAUGGACACUUUUUUUCGGCGCCAUUUUAAGAGGAAAGAGACUAGAGAACCUGCACACGAUGGGCACGUAUCUGAAGCUUGUCGACACAGGAGACCGAGCAUUGCAGUGCCAACCGGCCGUGCCCGUCGCCGCUCCAGUGUAGGCCUUCCGUCCACUGCAUUGGCCCAACGACGACGCUCAAGUGUCCAACUACAUUCAUUACCUCGAAUCACUGCCACUCAACCAGCAAAGAAAAGCAAGGGUAGACGCCGAUCCAGCACCACCACCCCAAAGGCCAGUCCUCGUUUUGCCAUACGCAAGAAGGUAGGGAAGCUCAGCAAUAUCGAUACGCACCUCCUGGGCCCGUCCAUGCUGCUGGCCAGCUUGAUCCAGAUGACGGAGGAAGAAGAGGAGGAAGAGGAAGACAAUAGCCCGCUGCCAGGGCAGGUGGAACUCAAGGGAAGCAGCCUAAAGUUCAAGAGUCACAUAGAUGUGCUUUUCUCAGAAGGGGACAGCGAUAGCGUGGACUUCAGAAGCGACUCAGAAGAAAGUCGCCACUCAGAGCAUUGCAAGGAGCGUUUGGAAGAUGCUGAUGUCUCGGACUGGGAGAUCAAAGAGUCCACCAUCUUGUGUCAGCAGGAUUGCCUUCCUCUGACUGUGGUGGCGGAGCGAGUCCAGGCCCAGCCGCUGAUCCGAGUUCCACGCUGCCUUCGGAGGAAUUCGUCGCAUUAUGGGCACGCGGAUCCAGGCUCGCAUGGCCGCUACUGCCGCAGCAGCCAGAGGAGGCGUCGCAGACGGGUUUCGACCAUCUCCAAAGCGGGAAGCCCCUGGCCAGGGAGAGGACUGCCACUUCCUAAUCAAAGGAGCUCCACAUGCUACAGGGGCCAAGCAUCUUUCAGUCCUUUACUGGGGGCCUGUUAUGAUCCCAGGCUGGAGACUUGGAGUGGUUUCCUGUCGUAUGUAAAACCUUUCUUUAGUUGAGUCUGAAAUUCACUAUUUUGUGUUGUGCUCU